ACAAAGCACAGCCUGCUGUCUAAUAGUGGAGAAGGACGCUGCCAUAAAAACUCUGCCGCUCGCCGCGACGUUUGCUCCCUGCUGUCAUUUACAACAACAGCGCCUGAAUUUUGGAUCUUUAGCAUUCGACCAUGUGUAAAGGACUCGCAACACUCCCCGCAACAUGCUUGAAAAGCGCCAAAGACAUCAAGCACAAGAUAAGCUUCUUACUCCAGAAGCCCGAACCCCAGUCGGUGGAUCAGAAGCAGGUGAAGGAGAAGGCUUCCACCGCCGCCUCCGCUGCUGCUGCUGCUGCUGCUGCUGCAAAGAGGGUGCCUAAUGCGGCCGAGGUGGAGAAGUGGAAGGAGUCCUUCAGUCACGUGAUGAGCAGCAACACUGGUCGCACGGUCUUCACCAGUUUCCUCAAGUCAGAGUUCAGCGAGGAAAACAUGGACUUCUGGACGGCUUGCGAGGACUACAGGAAGACUGCUCCUUCCAAGCUAGCGACCAGAGCCAAGCAGAUCUACCAGCAAUAUGUGGAGGCAGAUGCUCCUAAGGAGGUGAACUUGGACGCGGUGACCCGAGACGAGACGCGGCAGAACAUGGAGAACGCCUGCCCGUCCUGUUUCGACGAGGCCCAGAAGAUGAUCUACACCUUGAUGGAGAAAGACUCCUACAGGCGCUUCCUCAAGUCCAAAGUGGUCCAGGACCUGUGUCAAAGCCAGACCAGGACCACCCACGACAAGAAGGAGAAGAAGAGCUGCGACGAGAACAGGCAGGCGUUAGCCAGAGGGGCCUAAACUAGACGGGAAGAUUUAAAAGCAGGUGCCAGAGACUGAACAAGCGUGAGAGGGGACAGACACUGAGGAAGAUAGCUUUGUUUGUGUGUCCAGUGUUUAAAAGUUAGAAUUAGGAAAGGUUAGUGGGUUUACACAUGUGAGAUUUUCUUUUUUGAUACAUCCAAGAAAUGUUUCUGCGUUCACCCACAGCUGUCAUGUGUUUUUUUUUUUUUUUUUUUGAUCUGAAUCAUAAUCAGAAGACUGAAUGCAAAUACGGAACGGGUAAAUACGAGAGAGCCCUUUGCUCUGUGAGUCACAACGAGGUUAUCAAGGUGAUAUUUGUACUCACAACAGGACACAAUCCAAAGCUACCUCCACCCUAACACACCCUGAAGCCGCUGGAGCACAACGUCAGCGGAGAUUGUUUGUUUUAGGUGACAACUUCGUGAAAAACGUGCACUUCUAAACCUGAUAAAAGAAUGACCCCAACUCUCCCAAACGCCAAAUUGUUUUGUUGAGUAAAACAAAUACGACGAACCUAACAGUAUUAAAAUGUAGCGAAUGAUUAGUUUAACUUAUUUACACGAUUAGAAGUAGUUUUUUUAUGCAUUUUUAAGUAUAAAAAUAAGUAGACCAGUGCAUCUCAUGUGGAUACGUUUAUUAGUUCAGGUCAUACAACAUGCCCGACAGUUAUUUUCCAUUGCACUGAUUUAGCUUCACAUGUGCUACAAGAUUUUUUUUUUUUAAAUUAUUUCCUACUUAUUAUCAUGAUCACGUGUUUGUAAAAUAGCAGCUGGAAAAUAUUGACGUCUGUUGUCAUCAUUUCAAGCGAGUACGUCGGUCUAAAAAACCCAUUGUCUGUCUUUAAUUAUCAUGGUAACAACUGGCUUUAAAGUUCAAAUAUCCUGACAUGAUCACCGCCGCACUGUGAAAAUGUUGCCUGUGUUAACGUCUAAUCGUAGUGGGACAUGUAGCUCUGAUGUUAGUAGUAGCAGCGACCUUCUGUUGCAUGCCUCAAAGUUGCCGAACAGUUGGAGAAAAUGUUGAAUUGUGACUCGUUCCUAAAGCCAUUCGCUCAUGAGUGAAGCUGUUCAAAUGUUUUGUUUGUGGGAUUUGUGCAGGGUACUUAAUGAUGUGUUCAUUUUAAAACUGCAAUGUUUUAUUUACCGUAAAAUGGGAAAAAAAACUGUGAUGGAUAGAGAACUACAUGCUGUGUGUAGAUAUUUAUUAAAUUAUAACUUUGUUCUUUUUAUGUCAUAUCUGUGACUAUUCACAAAUAAAACUGUGUGUCAGAA